UUGGGCGGACUGGGCGUAAUAGACUUUGUAAAAACCCUAGAUUCGUUGCGUUCGCCGUUGCCGUGAGAAGAAGGGAAUAUAUAUGCUUCGUCUCUUGGUAACUCCUGAUUAGUUGCUGAAUAUGGAGAUUAAAUUGUUGUCGUUCCCGGCUGAGAGCCCCCCGCUCGCGGUGAUAGUGGCGGCCAAGCUUUCUGGCUUUGUUCUGCCAACCGACACAUCCCUCCCUACCGACUCUGCUCCCACCCUUCUCUUCUCUGAUGGGGUGAAAUUGCAUGGAACAUAUGUGCUUCUUCGUUAUAUUGGUCGGGUUGCCACACUUCCCAACUUCUACGGACAGAAUGCAUAUGAAUCUGCUCAGAUUGAUGAGUGGCUGGAACAUGCUCCUAUAUUGUCAUCGGGCUCUGCCUUUGAGAAUGCUUGCAAACAUUUGGAUGAUUUUUUGCAGAGCCGUACCUUUUUGGUCGGUUACUCUUUAUCAAUUGCAGAUGUAGCAAUCUGGUCAGGUCUUGCAGGAACUGGGCAGAGAUGGGAAAGUUUGAGGAAGACAAAGAAGUACCAAAAUCUUGUACGGUGGUUCAAUUCUAUAUUGGCAGAAUAUACUGAUGCCUUGAAUGAAGUCACAGCAAUAUAUGUUGGCAAAAAAGGCUCGGGAAAGCCAAUUGCAGCCAAAUUCAAAGAGCAACAGGGUGCGAACAUUCAAUCAAAGAGUUCAUUUGAAGUAGAUCUUCCAGAUGCUGAGGUUGGAAAGGUGCGGCUGCGGUUUGCACCAGAACCCAGUGGUUACCUUCACAUUGGGCACUCAAAAGCGGCACUGUUGAACCAGUAUUUUGCUCAGCGGUACCAAGGCCAACUUAUCGUGCGCUUUGAUGAUACAAACCCUGCCAAAGAAAGCAAUGAGUUUGUGGAGAAUCUUCUGAAGGAUAUUGAGACUUUGGGUAUCAAGUAUAAUGCUGUUACAUACACCUCAGAUUACUUCCCUCAGUUGAUGGAAAUGGCUGAGAAUUUGAUUUGCCAGGGUAAAGCAUAUGUUGAUGAUACACCACGUGAACAAAUGCAGAAAGAAAGAAUGGAUGGCAUUGAAUCAAGAUGUAGAAACAACAGUGUGGAGGAGAAUAUAAAACUCUGGAAGGAAAUGAUUGCAGGAUCUGAAAGAGGUUUGCAGUGUUGUCUCCGUGGGAAGUUGGAUAUGCAAGACCCAAAUAAAUCACUUCGAGAUCCUGUCUAUUAUCGUAGCAAUCCAGUUGCCCAUCAUCGGAUUGGCUCCAAGUAUAAAAUAUACCCAACUUACGAUUUUGCAUGUCCAUUUGUUGAUGCCAUAGAGGGUAUAACACAUGCAUUACGAUCUAGUGAAUACCACGAUCGUAAUGCUCAGUAUUACCGGAUUCAAGAGGAUUUGGGGGUAAGAAAGGUUUACCUUUAUGAAUUUAGUCGGCUGAAUAUGGUGUAUACACUUCUUAGCAAGCGUAAGCUUCUGUGGUUUGUUGAAAAUGGGAAGGUUGAUGGAUGGGAUGAUGCUCGUUUUCCAACUGUCCAAGGAAUUAUUCGUAGAGGUUUAAAAGUUGAAGCAUUGAUACAAUUUAUUCUUGAACAGGGAGCAUCAAAAAAUCUCAAUCUGAUGGAAUGGGAUAAACUCUGGACCAUUAAUAAGAAGAUCAUUGAUCCUGUGUGCCCCCGACAUACUGCUGUCGUUGAAGAAAGGCGUGUGCUGUUGACCCUGACAAAUGGUCCUGAGGAACCAUUUAGCCGCAUCAUACCUAGGCAUAAGAAAUAUGAAGGUGCUGGGGAGAAGUGUACGACAUACACAAAGAGGAUAUGGAUUGAGCAUGCUGAUGCCGAAUCCAUCUCGGUAGAUGAGGAAAUAACAUUGAUGGAUUGGGGAAAUGCCAUAGUAAAGACAAUAGAGAAGGGCCAAGAUGGGAUAAUCACACAGUUGACAGGGGUUUUGCACCUUGAAGGAUCUGUCAAGACCACAAAGUUGAAGCUUACUUGGCUGCCUGAAACAAGUGAACUAGUUAACCUCACACUGGUGGAGUUUGACUAUCUAAUUACAAAGAAGAAGCUUGAAGAAGGAGAGGAUUUCAUUGAUGUUGUUAACCCAUGCACUAAAAGGGAGACUGCCGCCUUGGGGGAUUCCAACAUGCGGAAUUUGCAGCGGGGAGAGGUAUUGCAGCUGGAGAGGAAGGGAUAUUUCAGAUGUGAUGCUUCGUUUAUUAAGCCUUCAAAGCCUAUAGUUUUAUAUGCGAUCCCAGAUGGCAGGGGCAAACCUGUUUGAAGUAAAAUAUUUACAAACAUCGUUGUUGGUUUAUUGUGAUUUUAUCGGAUGAGAAUUGGCGUUUUGCUUCUCUUUCUUUCAUGGAUUUGUAUGGAAAUACCGAUGCAUCUUUUUCUUU